AUGAUUCCUCUCAUGUUCAAUAACGGAGGCCAGACGAAUGGGCCUCGUCGUACUCAUGAGGCGGCGGCGAAGGCGCACGCGAUCAAAACCUGGGCCUAUUCCAGCAACAAUAUGUCAGUGGCAAGCUCGGACAGCGAGAUUAUUGUUGUCGACGAUAACGAGGUCACCAAUCCGUCGAUGCCGGAGACGACGGAAUGGACCGAAGAGGAUAUUGCGCUGAUGAACUACGUUCCAGACGACUACAUCGAUUUCGAGUUUCCGACAAUGCGAAAAUUGUACGGCAAAAGAGUGCAAGAAUUCCAAUUCCAGUGGAGCUACUUGUUCGGGAGAAAAGUUUCAACGCUUAUCAUUCAUCAGGAACCGCAUUUUCCACUCGUCGAAAUCGAUGAGCUUGUUAAAAAAGAAGCCGGAAUCGAUGCGAGCUUAUUCCAGAAUCUCUUGACAACACGAAAAGUACAUAUUCCAUAUACGACGCAGCGCCAAGCAAAAAUGCUGGGGCACAAGAAUAAACGAUACAAGAGAUCGAAUCCGAUGAACAUCGCACUAAUCAGACGAUCGGAUAUCGAGCGUUUGGUGGGAGAAUUGAGAGUUGAAAGUGGAAUGACCGAUAUUGAGUGUGCAAUGGAUAUGUGGAAUCCGAACGAUCGAAUUCCGGUGGUCCACUUCAACUUUGUCGAUUUUGAUGAUGAUCUAUGGGACAAUAAAUCAUUUCCAAUUGAAAAAUUCAUGCUCAAUGCCGGAUGCCACGGAAGUCUCUACUAUCGGAGAAGAGGAAUGCGAUGCAUCAUAUGCUCGAUUUGCGCGCACAAGUUCACACCGAACGACUUCGUCGUGCAUCACCAUUACAACGUCAGAUAUCAUGAGGAUUUGGUUCACGUCGGGCUCAAUUCGAACAAUUGGGUGCAAAUGCUGGAAGUGUCGCGAUUCGCGCCGAAUCGCAUUCGCAACGAGCAACUAUUCAAACAGUUUUGCGAAUCUGGAUUCGGAUACAAACGAAGGAUCGACACAGUGGGUGAUCGAUCAAUGGAAUGUGAAGAAGAGCAGGCUGUGAAGACUAAGAAGCAAUUCACCGAAAAUGAUCUUGUCAUCACGGUUUACGAGGAAGAAGACGAAAUCAACGUAAUCGAUGACGAAGAGACAAUAAAGAAGGUUGUGGUGCCGAAGAAGCACAUCAUUCACGAGUCGAUGAAGCCGUUUCUGCACUCUGCUUACAUGCAGUUUCUCCAGAGAUCAAUGCCGGUCCAUCACUUGUCGACUAUACCAUCGAUUCCACAAAACUUCAUCGAGAAUCCGUUGAUGCUGCCAGCGGCUCCAUCACUUAAAGCUAUUGAGAAGCCAUUCAAGGUUCCUGCGCUGCCAGCAAAGUACGCGCAAAAGCAACAGGAGAAUCAGAACUCAAUGCAGUUGGUCCCAUUUAAACAGCCACAAGCCGUGUCGCAGAAGCAACAGUUCACUAUGCAGAACCCGACAUUCGUUCCGCCUCAGCAGCAACAACUUCCAACUGGCUCCCACCAGCCACAGAAUAUUGCAAUCCAGAAGCAGCCGGUCAUACCAAUCAAACCAAUUCCGUUGAAACCGAUGAAACGACCAACUGCAACAUUCGAUGCUCUCAGAGGCGAUUUCGUCAAUUUGAACACCGCCAACUGCUCUGAAAAGUCGCUUGUGGAACUCAGCGAUCUCAAGAAGGGACUGACCGUGGUCGAGUCUGAGAAGCAUCGUCUCAUCAAAAUCGAUCCAAAGCAAGCCGAAUGGACGGCUGUCCAGCUUGAACAGAAGUUGCUCUGCCAGUUGUCAUUGGAGUCGGUUAAAGCUCUUGAUGGCUAUGCGAUCAUGGCGCCGGAACCUGCAAAUGACCAACCAUCGACGUCGACCCAACCUGUUAUUAUGGAUACUCCGAUAAACUCAGUUCCAGUUAUUCCAAUGCCAUCGCCUGGUUCGAUGACGGAUUUCCAAAAACAAUUGGCGACUCAUUUGGCGACUGGUCCGAGCAAUAUGUUGAGUCUUGGCGGCAAUAUUCCACCAACGCAGCCACGUCCACAAGUGGUUGCGUCAAACGGAAUACCACCGAUGCCGCAGAUUAUCCGGCCGAUUCCGCUGUACCCGCAAAACAGGUCGAAAUUGAUGGCCGAACAAUCGACAAUCGAUCCGCAGACGACACAGAUGAACCCGAAUUCAGAAAUUGUGCCUCAGCAAAAUGAUUGCGUUGGUCAAUCAUCGUCUCAAGCAACAGCACAACAGGCAGAGGAGGGCGACUCAGACAGUAAUGAAGAAUCUUCUCGGUCGUCAACUCCAGACUCGCCUGAGAGCUCAUUCUCAUUGUCCCCGUUGUAUACAAAUUGGAAGUCGAUGUCACCGCAACCGUCGACUUCCCAAGGUUUCGAUCCAAAUGCCAAGAAGUCUGAAAUCAAACCGUGCUCGCACAUGAUUCUCAGACGAGGCCCACCGGAUGCACCGACGUUUCAAUUGAUAUUGCCACGCUAUUCGAAUCGAGUUCACGGAAACGUUGAUAGACUGCCAUUGAUGGCCACCGAUCCACCGAUGCCACCACACCCAUUGAAGAUGCCCUCGAAGCCCAGAGUGAAUCCCUUCGCAUACCCGAAACGCUUACCACCGCCGGGUCAUCCAUCAGCUCCAAUCUCAACAAAACCAUCACCAUCAUCAGCUGCGCCAGCUUGUCCCAAAUUUCCGUUGCCCGCAGUGAUGACAUCAUCACCUGUAGAAAUCACAGAAGAACUAGCCCGAUUCUACAGUAUUAUUCCAAAAUCGUAUAUACCAAAAAUCAAACCUAUACCGCUACCCCCAAGAAAAAAGAAAACCCUGUUUUAA